UCAUCGAUUGCUUCGGCCUUCUGAGCGCAGAAUCUUGAAAAGUGGCGGACAAGCAUUAUAAUUUUAUUGCUAAUCAAAUGCAUUGUACCAGGCAACACGUUUUACAGUUCGCUAUUGUGAACUGUAAAGUGCAGAGUGUCAAAAUGUGAUACUAUAUGCCAAGGUAAUGUACAGGAUAAGACUAGUAACCACUAUGCUUUGAUUAGCUAGCUAGCUAAUAGGCGCGCGACAGUUACUCUGAUUUAGCCGCUAGCUAGCACCAAGCGAAUCUUAGCUACUGUGACAACUUUUGAAUAAUGUCAACCUCGGCUGCAGAGAUCAGCUGCAGACUAUAGCCGGAAUCUCGGUGCAAUGGAAAGCCUAUUCAAGUGGUUUUCUAGUCAAACCUGAGGGACAGCGCACUAGCUUGAGCCACCAUGGCUGAGAGACUCAACCCAAACAAAACUAAUCAGCGAAGUCUAUCUGCCUCAAAGAAAAAAAGAAUCUUGAAAAAUGGAGGGACCGGAACGAGUCCCAUCACCUCCUUCUUCAACAAUACCCCACCAUCUAAACUGCCCUGUCCUCUGUGUGGCCAGAUGGUCCUUAGGUUUAAGAUAAAUGAGCACAUUGAUUCACAAUGCCAGAACCUUCAAAGGGAUAACAAUGACGAGGCGGCUUCCUUCAGUAGUACUGCUGUGUCUAAGCUGCCAUUGUCACCUCCUCGAAAUAGCCCCAAGACCCCAGACCAGGACGACACAUGCCUUUCCAAGGAAGCAAAGGAAGAGCCCAAGACAAGCCCUUAUUUCAAAAAGCAGAUAUCACAUGAAGUGAGAAGAAAGCGUGUGGUAAGGACCAUCAGUCUCGGUAGCUUGUCUUCCAAGUUAUCCAGUAAAGGCCUCAAAUCUCCAGAUGGCUCUCGGCCACCGAAUGUGAUAGAGCUUUCUUCGGAGGAGGAGGAGGAAGACUCUGGGAAGCUGAGCGGCUCACAGAAGGAGAACCAUGGAGUUACAGGUGACAACAAAACAAUUAUAUUAGCCACUGAAUCAACCAGUUCUAUUGAAGUAGAGAGUCCAUCAGAGAAACAUGGGGAUGAUCUUCCUCCAGUGGUUUCUCUGGCUGCUUCCAGACUAACGAAGAGGAAGAAAGGGGAGAGAUCUGGCGAGAGCGGUUCAGAACAGAGGACCUCGGCACUCAGUAAGAAAGUCAGAUAUGUGGAGAACAGUGAGCCAGUCGAGGCUGAGUCUAGCAAACACACGACAGGGGCAUCUGACUGCAGCCAACACAGAUCAGAGCCCACUUCAGAUGUGUUUAGUGACUCUUCAUUAAAGAGCGGAACAAAGCAGGCUCUCGUUGGAAGCUCUGUAGUUUUGGACGGUGAUGAUCUGACUGAACCCGGUGCAGGGAAAGCGGCUGAGGAAGCGGACACCUCAGACCCAUCGCGGUUAUCAUACUAUCUCCGUAACUUUCGGACUGUGCUAGAGGCCGUACUGGAGAAUGAGGAUGACAGGGAGCUGUUCAAUCAGGAUGAUCUGUCUGUCAUACACAUGUUUGAAAGGCUCUCGGUGCCUGGACAGAAACUGUACGUUAGACUGUUCCAGAGGAAGCUGAAAUGGCUCCAAGUGAACAAGCUAGGUUAUGCUGAAAUUAGCGCUGACCUGAGUCCUGUUGUUCAAGAGCUGGUUGAUAGCAGCUUCCUACAGACAGAAAAUGACCUCCAGGAGCUCGGGGAGGUUCUGGACCUGCUGCCCGUCCCAGAGCUCCGGAACCUGGCCAAGGCCUUCCGCCUCGGAGGGUCUGGGACUCCGAAACAGCAGCUAGUGGACGGGCUUCUCCGUCUGAGCAGACAGAAGUCUCUCUUUGCUCUGGCUCCUGGUCAGAAUAACACCGGGGCCAUCAUUCUUAAAAAGGCCAAGCAACUGGCCAGUUCCUGUGUGCGUCUCCACCGAGGACCUCGAGCUGUCUUCUCUCGGGUUCUCCUCCUGUUCUCUCUGACUGACUCCAUGGAGGAGGAGGACAUGGCUGCCGGAGGUCAGGGCCAGCUCUACACCGUCCUCCUGGUUAACUCUGGCCGUCUGGCCUUCCCUGACUACACCGUGCUUCGCCGCACCAAGCUGUUCCGGGACAGAGAAGACCUCAUCAGGUACGAGGCGGUCAUGCGCACCCUGCAGGAGGUGAUCACAGCCAUGCAGGCAGGCCACUGGGACGACGCUCUGCUGCUUUACACCUCAGCCAAAGCGACCUGGCAGGAGCUGAGGAUGACACACGACCUCAGUCAUGAGGAGAACCUUCCGGUGUUCCUGCGCUGCUUCACCACAGGAUGGGCGUACACUCGCGUGUUGUCUCGAGGCGUGGAGAUUCUACAGAGGCUGCGACGCUAUGAGGAAGCGGUGGAGGAGCUGCGCUCCUUACUGGGCCAGUCUGUAUACUGUCCUGACAGCAGGGGGCGAUGGUGGGACAGGAUAGCGCUCAACCUGCAGCAGCACCUAAAACAGCCUAAGCAGGCCAUUGCUGCUAUCAGCGAGGGUCUGUCAGACCCUCUGGUGCGCACCGGUCAUCAACUGUCCCUCCACCAAAGAGCCUCCAGAAUGAAGGAGUCUCCUAGCUUCAAGAAGUACCGCCUUGAACUCCAAGACCUGCCAACCAUCCAUGUCAAAGAUGUCACUCACGUGACCAUCCGAGGCCAGCUGUUCCCUCAUGAGGGAGGAACAGGGAAAUCUGUGUUUCUCCUGCCAACUGAGGAGGAAGGGGGAGACGCGACUGUCAUGUGCUCUGUGGAAGAGCUGUCACUGGCACACUACAGACGGAAUGGCUUUGACCAAGGCAUUCAUGGAGAGGGAUCGACAUUCUCUACUCUGUUUGGUCUCUUGAUGUGGGAUAUCAUUUUCAUGGAUGACAUUCCAGAUGUUUUCCGAAACCCCUACCAAACCUGUCCAUUGGACCUUUUCACUGACCGCUUCUAUGAGAAUCGGAGGGAGGCCGUAGAGACGCGUGUUCAGAUGCUCCGCGAGGCGUCUGUGGAUACGCUCCACAACCUGCUGUUUGACACCUGGACCUCGCAGGAGGGACGGGAAUGUUCCCUGGUCAGCUGGGAGCGCUUCUCCUCUCUGGAGCAAGCUCAGAGUCUUGUGUCUUGUCUGGGAGGAACCCUCUUGGGAGGGGUAAUCGCUCGGAUGGUAAAGGAUUACCGACACUGUCGAGCAGGUCUACCUGACCUGGUGGUGUGGAACACCUCGAACAACAGCUACAAGCUGGUGGAGGUGAAAGGGCCCAGUGACAGGCUGUCCCAGAAGCAGCAGAUCUGGCUGGAUGAGCUGCAGAGUCUGGGUGCAGAUGUGGAGGUCUGCCACGUGACAGCCACAGGAGCCAGGGGCGCUCGUCUGGAGUGACGCACACAGCUGCAUCUGACUGGGAUGGCUGAAGUAGCUUUUUGAGGGUGCUAAUUAUGACUGAGAACCCCCUUGAACUGACACAGCUGAUAAUCUGGCUGGUCUGGUGAACAGCAUGGUUUUACAUCUCUUAAGAUUUGUUGUUGUAUCAUAUGUUAAAAUGAAUUAAAUUAAUGCUUUAUUACACUGCUUGGUUG